GCCAAAGUCGUGACGAUUCGGUCGUGCCUGACUGACGUCCCAGUGACUUCUUCUACGGAGACACGGACAAAGAGAUGUCAGGGGGAGGAAGGCAUAUAAGGAGUGCGCGAAAUGCUUGGAGUCCCCAACCCGCUCAGCGACAUCUGUCCAGGGUUUCCUCCUCAUUGUCCGACUUCCAGCCUUUGCUUUAGGGAACGUCGACCUUCUUCGCAAUGGCCCGCUUCCAGUCCCUCGCUGCCUUUGUGGCUUUGUCCAUGGCCGUCGGCGGUCUCGCCGCCAUCGGGCCCUCUGCUACCAUCGACAUAGUCAAUCUCGAGCUUGCUCCUGAUGGCUUUAACCGCUCGACGGUUCUCGCUGGAGGCACUUUCCCCGGCCCUCUCAUCACCGGAAACAAGGGUGAUAACUUUCAGCUGACUGUCAACAACCAGCUCACGGACACCACCAUGUUGAAGACGACCACAAUUCAUUGGCACGGUUUCUUCCAGAAGGGUACCAACUGGGCCGACGGUCCGGCCUUCGUCAACCAGUGCCCGAUCGCGAGCGGCAACUCGUUCUUGUACGACUUCAACGUCCCGGACCAGGCCGGCACCUUCUGGUACCACUCUCACUUGCAAACCCAGUAUUGCGAUGGUCUGCGUGGCGCGUUCGUUGUUUACGAUCCCAACGACCCCAAUGCCGACCUCUACGACGUCGACGACGAGUCCACCGUCAUCACGCUCGCAGACUGGUAUCACGCAGUGGCUCCCACCCUCGUCUUCGGUGUUGCCGACUCUACGUUGAUCAACGGGCUGGGACGUUACGCCGGAGGACCCUCAUCGGAUUUGGCGGUGAUCAGCGUCACUUCUGGGACGCGCUACAGGUUCCGCCUGGUGUCUAUUAGCUGUGACCCCAACUUCACCUUCCAGAUUGAUGGUCACACGUUCACCAUCAUCGAAGUUGACGGUGUCAACCACGAGCCCCUCGAGGUCGACCAACUCCAGAUCUUCGCCGGUCAGCGCUACUCGAUCGUCAUGGCCGCUGACCAGCCCGUCGACAACUACUGGAUCCGCGCCAACCCGAACAUCGGUGCUGCUCAGGGCUUCGCUAACGGCAUCAACUCUGCAAUCUUGCGCUAUGUCGGCGCCGACGCCGUUGAACCCACCACGACUCAGGACACCCCGUCUGCGGCGCUCGUCGAGACGAGCCUCGUGCCCGCCGAGAACCCUGGCGCGCCCAUUCCCGCUGACCAGCGCUGCGUCGACUGCGCAGACGUGAACAUCAACCUCGCGCUCGACUUCAACCUCAACGGCGACCUCCAGUUCAACAUCAACGGUAUCAGCUACGUCUCUCCCACCGUUCCGGUGCUGCUACAAAUCCUGUCCGGUGCCCAGUCCGCCACGGACCUGCUCCCGAGUGGCAGCGUCUACUCUCUCCCGAAGAACAGCACGAUCCAGAUUUCGUUGCCGGCUGGUUCGACUGCCCCUGCUGCGGGCGGCCCGCACCCCUUCCAUUUGCACGGACACACCUUCGACGUCGUGCGGGCGUCGGGCCAGUCUGACUACAACUGGAUCAAUCCGCCCCGCCGUGAUGUCAUCAGCACCGGCCAGACUGGCGACAACGUCACCAUCCGCUUCGUCACUGACAACUACGGUCCUUGGUUCCUCCACUGCCACAUCGACUGGCAUCUCGAGAACGGCUUCGCCGUCGUGUUCGCUGAGGACGCCGGUGAGGUCUCAGCGAACGUCCCGGUCCCCGACGCGUGGAGCAACCUGUGCCCUAUCUACGACGACCUUACUGCCGACGAGCUCGGCGGCGAGGACUAAACCAAGCGAUGCACAAUGCGCUCCCUCCAGGGAACUGCGGACUCUUUUCAAUCUGUAACUUUUAUCGUCAUCGUUUAUACAUACACAUCAGUUCUUUCUAUGGGGCUUGGGGUUUGUUGGAGCUGAAGGGCUUUCUUGCAUUAUCUAUAAUUCUCGCAGUCGUCCACAGUGUUUU